UGUGCCAAGAGGGCGCGCGCGUGACUCAUCAAAAACUUUGAGGCUUAUAAAGGAGCGUCGCGAGGACUUCUGUGCACUGCAUUUCAGGAGCAGCUCGAGCACUGUCCGAAACGCUCAGCCUUCACCGCCCACUCUGUUCUACACGAUGGCUCCCUACACACUCACAUACUUUCCGGUCAAAGGCAGAUGUGGUGCCUUGAAGAUGAUUCUGGCGGACAAUGACCAGACCAUUAAGGAGAACCUGGUGUCCAUAGAGGAGUGGAUGAAGGGUGAUAAGAAAGGCUGCUGUCUCUUUGGUCAGUUGCCUAAAUUUGAAGAUGGUGACCUGGUCCUUUUUCAGUCCAAUGCCAUUUUAAGGCAUGUGGGUCGCAAACAUGGCGCAUAUGGAAAAAAUGACAAUGAGGCUUCUCUUAUUGACAUGAUGAACGAUGCAGUUGAAGAUCUUCGCCUAAAAUACAUCAAAAUGAUCUACCAAGAAUAUGAGACUGGUAAGGAAGCAUACUGCAAAGAACUGCCCAACCAGCUCAAACCAUUUGAGUCUAUUCUGUCCAAAAGCAAAUCUGGAUUCCUAGUUGGCGAUCAGAUCUCAUUUGCCGAUUACAACCUGUUCGACCUUCUGCUGAAUCACAAAGUCCUCUGCUCUUCCUCUCUGGACUCCUUCCCAACUCUCAAGAGCUAUGUGGAUAAGAUCGCUGCCCGCCCCAAAGUCAAAGCCCUCCUGGAGUGUGAAAAGUUCAAGAACCUUCCCAUCAAUGGCAAUGGCAAGCAGUAGUUCAGUAGAAGGCUGACUUGCUGCAUUCACCUGCUAACAAUGGCACUUGCUGUUAAAAAGGCCUUAACUGGUGUUCUGUGAUUUAGCAAAACAUCUCUUGUCUUUGUACCUGUUUUGUAUGUUAAACAGUUUUCUAAAGUUUUUACUAACCAAAAUCCAUGUAUCAAUUAUCAUGAAUAAAAAAAAAAGUAAACACCCAGAA